CGAUAAUGCGCAUGCUUGGGAUCAGAAAAAUAACAUGGCGGACUUCAUGGGGGACGAGGCGAAGAAAAUUCAAUAUUUUCCAGAUGGAAGUCUAUUAAAUACAAUGAUCAUAUCGAUAAUUGACUCGGAGAAAAGAUACACUGAUAUUCUAAAGGAACCUUACACAGUUUAUCUCAUAGAAACCAAGUACAUUGAUGGAGGCCCUCCUGCCGGGGAGCCCGACAUGUCAUCAUCAAUAUGGAGAAGAUACAGUGAAUUUGAACUGUUAAGAAAUUAUCUUGUAGCAAACUAUCCUGCGUUGAUUGUGCCUCCUCUUCCAGAGAAAAGGAUUAACAUAGCAGCCCUGCGGAUAGCAGCAGAUAAGUUUGAUCCAGACUUUAUAGACAAGCGCAAGGUGGCACUUGAGAGCUUCCUAUUAAGAUGUGGGGCACAUCCACAGAUAUCACAGGAUCUUUCAUUUAUUUCAUUUUUUAACCAGGAGGAGGGAUGGAAGGAAGCGAUACUUGCUACAAACUACCAAAGCAAGGUCGACUCAAGACUAAAAAGUUGGAGUGCUUCAGCCAAAGAACCUGACAGGAGAUUUGAAGACAUGAAGCACUACGCUGAAAACUUAGGAAGCAAUGUGGCAGCUAUGAUUAAAGUCAGACAGCGCAUUGCAGAUAUAAUAUUUGAUAUUCACAAACAACAUGCUACUUAUGGGAAGGUGUUUAGCGAGUGGAGUUCCUUGGAAAAGGAGAUGGGUGAUGGUCUACAAAAGUCAGGUCACUAUAUGGACAGAUUGGCUGCAUCUGUUGAUGAGGCACUUGGUGAAGAUGAAAUGGCUUUCUCUGAGCCACUCAAGGAGUAUUUGCACUUUUCAGAAGUGUUGAAAGGUGUAUCCCAUAAGCAGUUGUUGCGUCAGUAUGAUGUGGAAAAGGCAGAAGAAACUUUGACUAACAAGAAAACACAGAGAGAUGACAUGCAAGCUCAAAAGCAAGCCAUAGAAAGUGGCCAAACCCCACCCAAGUCUGGUGGAUUUUCAUUCAAGGGAUUGUCAUCAAUGAUUUUUGGUGCCGAUACUCCAGACAUUUUGGAAACCAAGAUAAACAAUUUAGAAGAACAGAUAACUGAUGCAGAGGAAACUGUGAAGACCACAAAAGAGGAGCUCAGACUUUUCAACGAGGAAGCUCUUAAGGACUAUGAACGCUUCAGAAAACAAGAAGUGAGAGAUUUGAAGGAAGUGUUGGCAGCACAUAUCAAGACUCAAAUAAUACUUUGUAAAUUGGGGAUUUCGACAUGGCAAGAUAUGAAAGAGACUGUACAGACAUUGUAGUACAAAUCAUCUAGAGCUUAACAAAAUUAUAUUAAUUUCAACCCUGAACAGAAUGUAUGUUUUGUAUCAUAUCUGACAAUCAUGUUACCAUGAUGUUACUUAAACAAAGAUUAGUAAAACUCCAAAUAGAGGACUAAUAGGUAAUUUUUCAUCAACAUUAUGCAGAAAGGAAAAUAUAGCACAGAUUCAAUAUAACUUUUGCAAAACUUAUUUUAAGUAGUUCUAUUCUUUAACAUAGCACUUCCCUUGUGUUGUAAUCUCUUUGAUCCUGAAAGCCUUUGUGCUCUAAUCUUUUAAAUGUAAAUGAAAAGUCAGCAGUAAUAUAAUCCAACGACACAGUAAAAUACUGGUUCAAGCCUUGAAUUAGUAGAAUUUGUCUUUUAUUGGUGAAAAGGGAGGGGGAUAGAGUGAAUGAAACCGGAUUGCCGUGGAUCCAGAGUUUUAAUUUGGUGUAAAACUUAAUCAACAGCCAGGUUCUCCCUGGCUGUCAAAAGACAAGUACAAUGUAGCUGCCAGCUUUGGCAUGAAAAAAGGAAGACCUUUUGACAGUUGUACUCUUCUGUAACCGCCUGAUCAAAAACUCACUGCGAACACUGGGUCUUGUUUGUUAGUGGAAAUUAGAGCCUGUUACAAGAUGACGUAUAAACUUGAGCUGGUUCAACUGUAACAUCGGGGCUGUCUACAAAUACAAUAAAACUGCAUAUCCACAUUUGAUUUGUGUUUGCUCACAAAUUCAUAGCAGUAGGAAUGUUUAAAACCUAAAUGAGACCUCCCUCCUUCCCUGCACAACAGUAAUUUUGUAAUGCAACUCAGUAGUCUGACGGCAAGAAGCUAUAACAUGACUUUUGAAAAGGUCUGUAUAAUAGCCUUAGGUGCCAGUUAUUGCCUCUCAAUACAACAUUGGACAUUUUGUGAAAUGCCCAUAGCAAUGCAGUACAUGUAUUAAUUUGAACAGAUACAGUAAUUAUCACGUCCCUUUUGGCUGAACAACGACAAACAGAUGGUCUCUGAUUAAAAUCUUCUAGUUGUCCCUAAUAGCUUUAUGCAUUAUUAUAAGUACAGUGAAAUUAAAGUUUUCCAAACCCUUGA